AAAGAGAAGAAGGAGAAAGGUGUGAGUGCAGAGCGCGCAGGCCGGCAUCAGGAGUUUCCUGCACUAAAGACGAGGAGAAUGACAAGCGCGUCCAAUGAGGGGCCGAGGAUGUGCAGCGCGAGGACGGAGCUGCCGACAGAAGGCUAAUAACCAUGCCAACCGAGGAAUAUAGUGCGCGCCGCUGACUUGGGAGAGAAAGAAGGGGGGAAACCCUAGAAGAAGAAAAUAUAUAAAAAUACAUGCACACAUAAAGUGGAGGAUAAAGGACAAGAGAGCUAUCCUGGUUUCCUGCAGGGGGGGAAGAAGAAGCUGCUAAAUCUCUCUAUUUUUUGUCUCAGUGGCGUGGUCUCCCUUCCAUCCCUCCCGCCCUCCCUCCCUCUCGCGCUGGCUCAGGGACUGCACUGCUGCAGCUGAAUGAAACCGACCCAGCUAUGAUUCUCUCCCUGGCAGCAGUAGCAGCCAUGAGUAGCGGCGGCGGCAGCAGCCUCAACUCCUCAUCCCCCCUCGACACCUUCGACUCUUCCACCUCCUGGAGCCUCGCCGAGGACUUGUCCAACUCCUCCUCUGAACCCGUCGUGCGAACUCUGACCCCUGACCUGCAGCCAGCUACCACCGCUGUAGCUAUCCAGGAAGUCAACCCCUGGGAUAUCGCACUUUGCGUGACUGGGACGCUUAUUUCCUGCGAGAACGCUCUUGUGAUCGCUGUGCUGUUCUACACGCCGACGCUCCGUGCUCCGAUGUUCAUCUUGAUUGGAUCGCUGGCGGUGGCUGAUCUUCUGGCCGGCCUGGGCCUCAUCUUGAACUUUGUCUUCACAUAUUUGGUGGACAGCUCGGUGGAGUAUGUGACUCUGUUGUCGGUCGGACUGCUCAUCUCGGCCUUCUCGGCGUCCGUGUUCAACAUUCUAGCCAUCACAGUGGACCGUUACCUGUCGCUGUACAACGCCCUGACCUACCACACUGAGCGGACAGUAACCUUCACCUACGUGAUGGUGGUCGUCAUCUGGGUGUUGUGCCUCACGCUCGGCUUGCUGCCGGCGCUCGGCUGGAACUGUCUGAGGGACGAGUCCUCGUGCAGCAUCUGCUGGCCCGUCACCAAAAUCAACGCCGUGGCGCUCGCCGUCACCUUCCUGCUCGUCUUCGCCCUGAUGAUGCAACUCUACCUGCAAAUCUGCAAGAUCGCCUUCCGCCACGCACAGCAGAUUGCCGUGCAGCACCAGUUUGUGGCCAUCUCCACCACCAAAGGUGUCUCCACACUGUCGGCCAUCCUGUGUGCCUUCGGGGCGUGCUGGCUGCCGUUUGCCAUGUACUCAAUCGUGGCCAACUCCAGCUACCCCGUUAUAUACACCUACGCUACUGUCCUCCCAGCCACCUGCUGCUCUGUGAUCAACCCCAUCAUCUAUGCUUUCCGAAACCCGGACAUCCAGAAAUCGCUGUGGAUGGCCUGUUGUGGGUGCGUCCCAUCCAACCUCUCCCUCAGACCCAGGACCUCCAGUGAUGUGUAGCAGGGAAGGUUGGUUUCUGUCUGGCAUGAUGCUUGACGCUGAGUCAGGGGUGUUGGAGGGAGAUGACGAAACAAGAGAUCAGGAGGUGAAAGGUUGAAGGUUGUGGCUGAGGAAAGAGAUUUCCUCUACUCUUCAUAUCAGGGCUGGUAGGCUGAUGGCGAACGCACGGCUGGUCACAGUAAAGGUGGCACAGCGAGAAGAGAGGACAGUGCAUGGUCAAAAAAAAAGAAGAUAGAGCUAAUAAAAGAUCACGUGGCUUGGAGAAAUCCAACAGAGUGAUGGAGGUGGCGUGAAACCAACUGCAAAACCUGUUUAAGGUUGCGGGAGAGGCGGGCUGACUUUUUCGACCGACCUCUUUUCGGUUGCGAUAAGCGAGGCCUACUUCUCAAGAGUAGCAUAUAUGUGACGGCAGGAUCUAGGAAGAAAUGUCCUAACAUCUCCAGAGGACCUGAGCUCGGGCAGCACUGCAUGGUUAUGCAACUAGAAAGAGUGAAACAGUCUUAAAAUACUUUGUGUGUUUUCACAGAUGUGUUUGAAAUUAAGUGGAUAAAAAUACAAUGAGCUAAUUAUACACAACGAAUGACCUUGAGUAUUCUCAACGAGCUAUCUUUGCAGUCUUCUCCUGAUAGGAAAAACAAGAACAUUUCCUCCCUUGAAACAUAUUUUAACACCGAUGUUCCCGUGAUGAGAUGCAGAUUAAGUAAUCAGUGAGUUUAUAGACAGAUAAUAACUCGUAUGUGCUACAUGGUGUUCAUGAUCCUUAACAUUGUUGGUCUGCCAAGCUCAUUUUGACUUUUCCCAAUGCCAACAGCACCAUCUGCAUUUCUAAUGCAUGAUUGUGGCUUAAACAUGUGUCACAAUCGAGAGAGAAACAUCCUAACACAGCCUCUCAGACUAAAUCUAAUCUACCAGGCUCCUAAUGCACAUAUAACUCCGCUAGUUUGCUAAAAACCUAGAGAGGGAUUUCCACAUUUAGGCCGCCGUGUGUCGUCCUUGGUGUGAUGAAAUCAAAUCUGCUCCCCGUCUGAGAAAAACAUGUUUCUCAGCCAGCCGCUGCGCCGUGAUGUGGAGCAGAGAGAGCUGAAUUCAGCACCAAGGACAGCGACUGCAGAGCGCUGCUACCCUGGGAAUGCUCU